AUGUGCAACAUUAUUCUGACAGCAGGUCUCUGCCUGGUCAUCGCCAGCUUGGGCUCUUCCGAAAGGCUGGUGUGUUACUUUAACAGCUUGGCCGAAGAUAGAGCAGACGCCGGGAAGUUCACGAUUGAGGAUAUCGAUCCGAACAAAUGUACCCAUCUGAUCUACGCCUUCUCUGACAUCAAUGAUUUCAAUGAGAUGGUCCCGUCUAGAGGAGCAGACAUAUUUCGAUAUCAGUUGUUUAAUGGGCUCAAAACCAGAAAUCCUUCACUCAAAACCCUGUUGGCUGUUGGUGGUCCAACCUUUAACAAAGAAAAAUUCACUAAGAUGGUGUCAACCACACAAAAGAGAACAAAGUUCAUCCAGUCUGCUGUCGCACUACUGAGAAUAUUUCAGUUUGAUGGGUUAAACCUGGACUGGAUGUAUCCUGUGGGAGCAGGAGGUGACCCAGACAACAAGCAGAAAUUUACACUGCUGUGCAAGGAGCUCAAUGCUGCCUUUGAGACUGAAGGGAACAAACACAACCAUGACCGACUAAUCCUCACAGCAAGUGUCUCUGCUGAGAGAGAGGUUAUUGAUGCCAGUUAUGAAGUCAAAAACAUUACCAAGGACCUGGACUUCCUCAAUGUGCUGACAUAUGACUUUCACGGCCCCUGGGAAAAUUUCACAGGACAUCAUAGUCCCUUAUUCGGGGGAUCCCACGAUACUGGAGACAAAAUCUACUAUAAUACUGACUCUGCCAUGCAGUAUUGGGUGGACAAGGGAGCACCUGCACAAUUGCUAAAUUUGGGACUAGCUGCAUAUGGGCGAGCUUUUUCCCUCUCCUCUGCAUCCAGUGCUGUUGGAGCUCCAGCCAGCGGCACUGGUGAAGAAGGCUGCUACACUGGUGAAGAAGGAUUCUGGGCCUAUUAUGAGACUUGCCUUUAUACUGAAGGGGCUACAGUCCAACGGAUUGCUGAUCAGAAAGUUCCAUAUGCCAUCACAGAAAACCAGUGGGUUGGAUUUGAUGACACACGCAGCAUUACUACAAAGGUCAGUUACUUAAAAUCCAAAAACUUUGGAGGAGCUUUUGUUUGGUCUCUGGACCUGGAUGACUUCAGCGGAAAGUUCUGUAACCAGAGCAAAAGUCCCUUCAUCAGCCGCUUGAAUUAUCUCCUGGUUCAAAGUAAGAGAUUUUAA